UUGGGGUUUGACCAUUUUUGGCGGAACCUCCCUUGUGCAGCACUGUAAGAUCCCCGGAAGCCCCUUAGGAGGGGCAGCAAUGGAGCUCGGGGCUAUCGGCAGUCCCAGACAGGGGUUUCAGUCUUCCAAGUGGGAGUAUCAGAAGAAUAGCACAAUCCUGGAGCUAGAGGCCAGGAACAGGGCGCUCCAAGAUCGGUUAGCAGAAGCAGCUCAAGCCCCAAAGCCGCCAGUAUUGGAAGGGGCAGCGGGCCAGAAUAUCAAGGACAGAGUCAACCUUGAGGAGUUAUUGGCAUCGAUCAGGGGCCCCUCACAAUUGAUGGAGCAGACGGUGCAGUUGAAACCGAGGGGGGGAAGCGGGAUCAAGAUCCCAGGCUCCCAGUGGGAAUGGCACAAGAACUCAGCCUUAUUGGAACUAGAGCGGAGGAACCAAGCCCUGAGGCGCCAGCUGGACGCUGCAGAGCUCGCCUCUCUAGAGCAGAAGGCCCUGGCAGAGCGGGAGCGGCAGUUGUUCCAGGAGCUGCUGCAGAGGGAAGCGCAAAACGAUGCCGUGCUGCGCAAGGCCUCUGCGGUUAAGCAGAGGCUUUUAGAUCGGGCCCAGGCAGCAGUGGAUGCGCAAGUCAUGCUGAACGCGCUGGGGGGGUGGAGGGAGGCAACUAGAGCAGCGAGAAAAAAGAAGCUGUUGGGGAGGUUGUUGGUGAUUUGGAGAAAGGAAGAGCUGCGAAAGGGGCUCAGAGCAUUUCGAGAAGGCUUGGAGGUGCUGAGGGCGAAAGCUGAGAAAAUGGCAGCGGCUGAGACGUUUAGGAGGGUGACUCUGGAACGAAGAGCGGCCUUUUCUUGGGGCGUUUUGAUUGGGCGCUCGAGAUGGAGGAAGGAGGUUAUGGAGCGGGUUAGGGAGUCGAGAUUGAGGUUGACCGGGACCUUUGUGUUUGCCGGCUGGCGGGAGACGUGUUGGGACCGACAACGUAAGCGGCUGGCGGCGCAGAGAGCCGUUGCAUGGCGUAGGAGGACUCUUUUGAGAACGGGCUGGGUCGCCUGGAGGGCUGAGCAAGACGCGAGCGCACAGAAAGCUGUUGAGGCGGAAGCUCUUUACUGCAAGCAUAUUCUGGAAAGGUGGAACAGGGUGACUGCACUUUCCCGCCUACUGAAAAGCAGGACUGGUGAAUUCGGUAUUUGGCGGGCCAAGCACUGCCUUAAGGCAUGGGGUCAAGCGGCACAAAGCGAGAGGCAGAGGAAGCAGCAGGUGAAGUCGAUGCAGACAGCGUGGCAGGCCCGUGUUCAAGGGUGCGCUUUCCAAGGCUGGUUCGAGUUGGUCGAGCGGAAGCGCUUCCUGCGGACUUGCAGUCAGGAGAUACAGAAGAAGAUGGCGACUCGGAUCCAGAGGUGGGGUUGGGAUGUCGUCGUAAAGCUGCGAAGGGUUAAACUUUACAGAGAAAGAACGCUUUUGAGAAGGAAGCAGUCAUUGCUGAGAGCGUGGAGUAGCUGGUGUUCGGGAAAAUUGCGGCACCGCGCUUUGGUCAGUAGGGAAUUGCAGCGAGGCCGGCGCAGUGCGUUGAGGAGGGCGAUUGUGGCGUGGAAGUCGGUGACUGAUGAGGGCGUACGUCUACAGCUUGAGGACUCUUCCGCUCGCUUCUCCGAGCGGAUCCACGACUUGGAAGCCAAGCUGUCUGCUGCCAAGACGGCGCAGAGCGAGGCCCUGUCAUGGUUGGAGGAGUACCAGGCGGAGAGGCGCACACUGCUGGCCUCAGCGGAGCUGGCGAACGCGCGGACGCCCGUCUGGAGCAGCGGAAUGCUAGACGCGGAGCUCCGCUGGCGAGCUGUGGGCUCUGCCGGCGGCCUCAGCCCUCGGUCCGGACACUCCGCUGCCGCGCUGUUCGAAGACCCGGACGAAGUCGGAGCAGCUCCGAGGGGGGUCGUCGUCUUUGGGGGCUGGAAUGGCACGGAGUGGUUUAACGACGCGUACCUUUUCGACUCGGAGAGUCAAGUCUGGACGGAGGUGGUGUCAGAACUUUCAGAAGCACCACUGGCGCGCAACGACCACUGCGCGUGCGCCAUCCCCGGGAGGCGGAUGCUCGUCUUUGGGGGCUUCGACGGGAGCGACGAGUUAGCGGACCUGCACGUUUUGACCGUGGACGAGGACGGAAGCACUUUCCACUGGUCUCAGCCCGACCUCGGCAUCGGCGCGCGCCCUGGCCCCCUCUCCCACGCCUCCUGCUGCCUGCUGCCGUCAGGCCGCCACGUGGCCCUUUUUGGCGGGUACCGUUCCGGUUCCGGCCUGCUGAACGAGCUGUGGGUGCUGGAACUGGACCGCUGGGAGUGGAGCCAGCCGGAGGUGGCGGGGGAUCCCCCUCGGGCACGGAGGGGCCACGUGAUGGAGGUGCUCGGGGACCUGGUGGUGGUGCACGGGGGGUACGACGGGCAGGCGCAUCUGAGCGACCUCUAUGUGCUGGACCUGAAUACCAUGGUCUGGCGGAGAGUCGACCCCGUUGGGGACGUACCGGCCCCCAGGCGAGGCCACGUGUCCACUGCCAUCGGGCGUCACGUGCUCAUCCACGGCGGCUUCGACGGAGCCGACUACCUGGAUGACGUGUACACGCUCGACAUCGACGGCUUCAUCUGGCUCCAAAGAGCUCCGAUGACGUCAGCAGCCGACCACGUGGAACUAGUCGGGGAGCUGGGGGCGCCACAUCGGGAGCUGCGAGAGAUCGAUCCAAACGUCGGCGCGAGGGCGGGAACGAUGAAAGGCGUGGGAAGAGUGCGGGCAAGCGAAGUUGAAGGGGGCAUCGCGGAUGAGAACGACAGGCGCCCGGGAAAUGCGGACCGCUCGGAAGCCGCAAAGCAAACCAAGAGGAUAAGCUCGACUACCGGUCGGGAUCCAGAGAAGUACGAGACGGGAAAAGGUGCCGCUACGUUGCAAUUCAAUGGCGCCCCGAAACGGGAACCUUUUCCGGAGGGACGGGCGUUCCAUCAGGCCGUGUUCGACGGUCACCGGGUCGUCGUGAUCGGCGGCGCCCAUUCACACUCCGUCCUUGAGAGCGUCCUGCUGCUCGAGAACACAGCCGCCGAGGACGGACGCGCGCUCGCGCGCGUGCACUUCUCGGCUUUAGAAGAAGCUAACGACUUGAGGAACGAGUGUAUGCGGCUGGAGAGGGAGCUCGCGGCCGCGCGGGCGGAGGGUUCGGGGUUUAGGGCCGCGGGCGAGCGGCUGGCGGCGGCGCUGCGCGUGGAGGCGCAGGCAAAGAAGGGCGCAAUCGCGGCGCAGCGGAUCUUGGGGCAGAAGCUCAAGAAGGCGCGCGCGGAGGGGGCCGAGCUGGACGCGGAAGUCAGCAGUCUCCAAGAACAGCUCCAGAGCAAGGCCGCCGAGUGCCACCUCGCACACCAGCACGUGACGUCAGCCCAGAAGGCCCUGCACGCAUCCGAAGCAGACCACCAAAAGGCCCUGUUCCAGGCGGCAGCGGCCGCGCAGGAAGAGCGGCUACGAGCCGCCGGAAAGAUAGCAGAGCUUGAGGCGCUGGUGGGCUUCCACGAGACGGAGUUCCGGCGGAAGGCGGAGGAGGCGGAAGCGCUGCGAGCGGACCGGAACGGUGGGGCGGUCAGAGUGGCGGAGUUGGAGGGGGAGGUGCAGCGCGUGCGGGGAUUGCUGGCAAAGGCGGACGAAGAGGCUGAACUGAAGGUCCGUCGAGCAACCGAAGAGGGCCUCGCGGCCGCCCGGGCGCUCGAGCGGCGCCUCCAAGAGCAGGAAGCAGAGGCGGAACGCGUCGCGCAGACCGCCCGGGAAGAGGCAACCGGGCAGGCCGAGGCACGUGCACAGUCUAGUUUGCAGAUUGAGCAGUUGCGGGCGGAGCGACUGGGGGAGCGCGUGAGGACCUUGGAGAAGGAGAGAGUCGACGAGCGGCGAUUUGUGGAGAGUUACCGGAGGGAGCGGGAUGCAGCGGAGGCGGCCCGUCGGGAGGCGGAAGCGAUGCGCGCGGAAGCUCUGGAGUACACGCGGGCGAUGGAGAGCCGAUGUCGGGAGGAGCUGGCAAGAAUGGAGGAGAAGGUCAGGGCUGCAGGGUUGGCCCGGUGGCAAGCAGACGCAGAAGUAGGAACGGAGGAUAAAGAAAGGGGCGGCGAGGCGCGGCAUCAAGUAGAGGUGCUGUUAGAGGCAUCGCUUGGGGGGUGAUCAUGGAAGCAUCUCUGAGGUCUGGCUCUGACACUGGAACUUGACGCCGCUCUUCCCUGGCUGUUUCCUGGCCUUUCAAGCCUCUGCUUCGUUCUACCGUGCAUAGCCCACGACAAUAUUGGCAAUCAAUCUGGCUCUAUGGGAGGAUUGGUCAAAUCUGUUUCUUGAACACCUGUAAGCCUCAGGACGGCGGCGAUCAAGUAGUGUCGUUUGUCGUUCGUGCGAUGUCUGCCUCCAGUACUCUAGAUCAGGCAGCCAACUGUUCGCUAGGUUCUCUAUAUAGCACCCAACUAUUCGCUAGGUCCUCUUCGUUCUGUGUACGAUUUGUGGAAAAACAUGCACAUUCGCCCACAUUCCCGGCCCCAUGUCAUCUUAUACUUCUGCUUCAGGAUCCUCAU